AGUAUCCGGCAUUGACGUUGUAUCCGGUUAAAAAGCUAACGUUACCCAGCAUACAAAAUGUUAAAUUAACUGCUGAAAGCUUUACGAUUGGUUGACAUGUUUGACCCACUAGAUCGAUGCAUGGAACAGUAGCCUGCAGUUUUAUGGCCACUUUAUUUUAGUAGUUGUCUCUACCCAGUCAACUAUUUAGUUAGACCUGGCCGGGGCAGUUCAUUGUUAGCCUAGCAUUAGCCAUGCUCUCAGACUCCGCUUUCGCUUGUCUUCUGGGUUGCGGCUUUCUUGCGACAGGGACCACAGCUACUAGCUAGCUAGACUAGCUAGGCAUUUUCUCCCCUAGUAUUAACGUUUUAUGCGUUCUUUUAUUUUUGUUUCAACGUUUCUUGGACCUUUAAUUAUCUGUCACAUUCCGUGUAACAGCUGUGCAGAAACUGCACCCCGUUAAAUUCGCUCUUUAGCUUAGUUAGCAAGAUAGCCAACCGGCUAACGUUGAGGAAACGAUUUAUUUUCUUGAUGACAUUUCAAUUCAUGUUGACGUUGCCUUGACAAGGCCAUUACACUCCAGAAACUCAAGGAAACCUGCAUUUGACUGCUAGUGUUUUUACUUUUCAGUCAAGAGCUUUAAUUUCGCUGGUUUGUGUUUAUUUUCGCCUGCCACGAUGGCUUCUUCCUCUGGAAACGACGACGACCUCACCAUCCCCAGAGCAGCUAUCAACAAGAUGAUCAAGGAAGUUCUCCCUAACGUCCGGGUGGCUAACGACGCCAGGGAGCUGGUGGUUAACUGCUGCACCGAGUUCAUACACCUCAUAUCCUCAGAAGCCAAUGAAAUAUGCAACAAGUCCGACAAGAAGACCAUCUCUCCUGAGCAUGUUAUCAAUGCCCUAGAGAGCCUUGGUUUCGCAUCAUACAUCACGGAGGUGAAGGACGUCCUGCAGGAGUGUAAAACUGUGGCUCUGAAGAGGAGGAAGGCCAGCUCUCGACUGGAGAACCUGGGGAUCCCGGAGGAAGAGCUGCUCAGACAACAGCAGGAACUGUUUGCCAAGGCGCGGCAGCAGCAGGCGGAGCUCGCCCAGCAGGAGUGGCUCCAGAUGCAGCAGGCGGCCCAGCAGGCGCAGAUGGCGGCUGCAUCCGCCAGCGCCGCCCAGCAGGCCGGGUCAUCUCAGGAUGAAGACGAUGAGGAAGACAUGUGAACCCAGGAUGCCGUUCUACACAUCUGAACUCCUUCCUGGGACAGCGGCGGCACCCAAAUCCCCCCCAGUGCUGUCGUCGGCAGAGACGUGAGGCGGGUCAGACCGCCGCUGUACAUCAGUGCAACAUGGAUAAUGCACAUUGGAAUGAACACUGAAAAGAAAAAUGAAGGGGGAUUCCAAGAUUGCCACACAUUCAGACACCAUGAUGAUUUGGACUGAGAGGCUGUGAAUGAAGUGUUAAAUCAGUCUCAUCUUCCCUACUUUUUCCCUUCUUCUGUUUAAUUAUUUCUGGAUAUUAUGUUGUGCGUUGUAGAUUUCUGGAUGUGUUGUGGAAACAGAAGGCAGACAUUGCCUGGGAUAUGUCAGUGAUUUUUGGUGAUAAUGCAGAAAAGUGUUUCUCUCCUUCAGGUACUGCACCAGAUAGCUUGAUUAUGUUAUCAGUUGUACUUAAUCACUUUUGGUGGUGUAGGAGAACUGCUUUUGAAUGGUUUCAGAGCAGUGGAUUUCUCCUAUCAUGUGGUUUGAUGGUCACUUGGCAGAAAGUGUUUUCUUUACCCCCUUGUUGAUACAUUGGUUCAAAAGAGGUUCAUUUGAGGGGUUGUGAAUAUAGGAUUUAUUUUGGUUAAAUAGAGAAAUGAAAUUGUCAUUGGUUAAUUUUUAGGCCAUUAAGAUAACGUUAUGUUUCUUUACUUUCUACCUUGAACCACCCACAGUAUUGCUACAUAGCUACACCUUUCAGAAACGGUAUAUUUUUGUCUCAUAGAACCAAAGAUAGACUAACAGCCGGAGGUAGUGUUUUUUAAAGGUGUAGGUGCUACUGUGAUUCUCGCUGCUGGCUCCAGGUCAGUAUAAACAAUGUUAAGGAUUAUUAACAUAUGACUCUGUAAGAUGCUUUGAUAUCCAGGCUGAAUUUGUUAUUUCCCAUCUCUCCGGGUGCAGUAUGAAACAUUUGCAUUGUGACUGUGGUCAAUCCUCAGUGUAAAGACAAGUGACGUUGAUGUGAUACACAUUCACUCGCCUAUCCUACAAAGUUGUAUUCUUUAAGCAAUAAAGGAAUCACGUUUUAUAGACAA